UUCGCUGGAAGCCGAGAGAAACCAGUCGGACGUCCUCUGCGCCUCGGGUUCACACAUUGCAGGUUUCAGACGCACACCGGAGGAAUGCGUGGCAAACCUCGGUGUUUACUUGGACUUUUGGAUGGGAGAAAUUUCUUUUAACGAGUGCGUUUUUUUAUUUCGAGAAUCUCCGGAGCCGCUAAAAAGCCUUUGAAAUGUCUCACCAGCAGCGACUUGUCCAACUCUCCGCGGCUUCUUUGGCUGUAGUUUUCUGCCCGGACGAGGAGAGCGUGCGCGCCGGCGGAGGCAAGCUCAACGCCAAUACCGCGAGUGGUCAGGAGAUUUUCGAGGACUUCAAAGCGCAAAACUCGCGCAGUUUCUGGAAUAAGAGACUGGUCAGGGCUAUAGCUGAAGUGCACUUUCAGGGAUGGAUGGAAAACUUGGUGCUUUUCAUUCAAGGCAACGCAAACAACUUGGAGGUGCUGAGGGAAGCGUGGAUGCGCAGGGCUCUGAGGUCACCGAAGGGAUUUAUCAUUAAAGCUGUCGGUGACCUGUCCCCAGUGCAGAUGUCGCCAGUUCCUCAGUCCCAGUUCAUUCCCCUGGCUGAGGUGUUAUGCUCUGUCAUCUCAGAAAUGAACUCUUCCCAGAUCAUUGUCAGUCAGGAGUCACUUGUCAACUACAUGAGCAAAACUCAUCCAGGGAUAACUGUCCCCACUCAGGAUAUCCUCUAUAAUGCUUUAGGCAAUCUGAUCAAAGAACGCAAGAUUUACCACACAGGCGAGGGCUACUUCAUCGUCACUCCUCAGACCUAUUUCAUCACCAACAACAUGGUCCGAGAGAAAAACUGGUGGACUUCUGCUUCGGCAGAUGACCCUCCUUCACCUCCUCCCAUUACUUACCUGCUAAGUAACGAUGUCUGUGUUGAGAGCACACAAACGCCCCCAGUCGCCCACUGCAAGUCCUGCAGCUGUUUUAGCCCUCUCCAAAUUUCCACUAACGUCACCUCCACGACUGUAACAGCCACUGUCCCUCCCUCCACUGUCCCAGAUCAGCAUUCUGUCUCAGUGUCCAUAAGUGAGUGCACAGGCAAAAGCUUAAAGUGGCCGCGACCUUUAGAUCACAAACCCACAGUGCAACAUCAGUCCACCUCCACAGCAGCAGAUUGUCAGGCAAGCGAGAUCAGCAAAACUACGGCCACUACUAAUGCCACCGGCCGCAAAGAAAAAGAUAAACCAGGGAGGAGAUUUGGUCUCAGUUUGUUCCGGAGGAAUGGAGGGAAAAAGGAGAAGCCAAAGAAGGAGUAUGCAUCGUUUUCAGGCCAGUUCCCUCCAGAAGAGUGGCCAGUAAGAGAUGAGGAUGACCUGAACAACUUACCCCGUGAUCUGGAGCAUGCAAUCAUCAAGCGCAUCAACCCUGAACUAACUGUGGACAAUUUGACACGCCACACGGUCCUCAUGAAGAAGCUGGAGGAGAGAAGGGAGAGAGGGAUGGAAAGAGUGUUGGACAGGGGUGUUGACAAAGAUGAUAAGGGAGUUGACAAGGGAAUGUCUACUGAGAUAUUAGCAUCUUCAAAACUGAGGCAUCAUCACUCAUCUAAGGCAGGGGCAGGCAAAAGAUCUGCUCAGAAGGCCUCUCGCAGCAAGAGGAGGACCCACUCCUCUAAAGAGAAGCAGAGGGAAAAGGAUAAGGAGAGGGUUAAGAAUAAAGCUUCCAUAUGUGCGGACAAUUAUCCAGAGGGGGAGGAUUUGAUCCCUACACGGCUCAGAGUGGAAAUCCCUGUUGAUGAACCAGUUCGAGUGGAAGAGGGUGGAACUGUUGAGGGAAAAUCUCUUUAUAAGAAACGCAUUGAAAACCCCUUCCAGACACAUCCACUCAAAGAAGCUGAGAAUGGAAUUCCCGCCACCAGAGAGCACAGAAGACGAGAAGUAAAAGAGCGCAAGAGUUCAGGGUCAGGGAGGAAAGAACAAAUGAGUCAUCGCUCCAAAUCUUGGGACCCACAUCGGGCCAAAAUAAUGGCAGCAGAUGGAGAGAAUGAAGUGAAAUUCUCUACAUCUGAAGAAAGGUACAACUGUGACCCUGAGAGGGACUUUACUGCUGAUCUUCUGCUCCAACCAGGCAUGAAGGCCAACAGAGAGCUGCCACUAAACUACAGUUCCGUCUACCCACAGAGCAGUACGCUCCGGAUAGAUGACAAGGUCCGACAGAGGGAGGACAGAGAGGAUAAAAAUUUUCGGGAUGUUCCAGAUUACAAAAGCAUGCCAGACCAUAGCCAAAAUAUAGUUGGAAGUCUUCCUAACAUCCAGAAGUAUUCCAGUACUAAUGCCUCUCCCUCCACCCAUUCCUAUGAGCUGGUCAUAAACAACGCAUAUGAUCCAAACCCACCCUGGCCAAAGCCCUCUUUACAGCGGAAACAUUCCCUCAGACUCUCCAGCCCACAAAAAGAUAGUAAUCAGAGCCCUAAUGAGCUUUCUGAAACUACAGAGACCCAAAACCAGCAGGAGGUAAGACCUGUCACUAUCAAUAACAGAGAGCAUGGGGCUAUGAGCCUGGGAGAAAAGCUGGAACUAACAUCUAACAGCACUCCUUUGGUAACAGACACUGAUGGCUUUAUAGAAGACGACUGCAGACUCUAUCAGAGAGCAGCUGAUCAGGAUGACGAUGAUGCCUGCAGCUCGCUGUGUCUGAAUGACGAUGAGGUUACUGAGGAUGCAAAUGAGUACCCAACAGGUGUAGCAGGUGUGAACUAUCAAGGUCACCAGUUAGUUUACCAAAACGGUGAACCUGAAUUGCAAUAUCAGGGACUCCACAGUCGCUAUUUUAAAUCCAACUUUCACCAGCCAGAAGCCACUUUAAUGCAGGAGUCCGCAGACAGCAAAGAUCUAAUUCCUCUAGCAAUCCAGAGGAAAGAUUCCCUCAGCCCGUCCCGGCCUGGAGAGACUAGUUGGAGACUCCAUCAUCAACAUCAGAAGAUCAGAUCACCCAGCACCCAAAGUGAAUCCAUCCCCAAAUGGGGUGCAGUGAUCCAGGGGGAAAGACGGCACAAAGAUAAUGUUGAUUCGGACUGUUUAGAAGUAUGUGAAGUUGGAGACAGUAGCAUCUUUGACUACUGCCAGACUAGCGAGAUCGAAUCAGACACCGAGACUGUUCGGAAGUCAGCUGACGAAGGUGAUGGUGAGUCUGCUCACUGGACAGCUGAGGUGGAGGAGGAGCAGGUGGAGGAGAAGCAUGUACCUCAGCCCCACAGAGCUGCUCUGAGCAUGCCCGGUGGAGCUAGGGGGGCAGAAGUUGGGGAAACUGUUGAAACGGGAGAGAGUCAGAGCAUCACAGGAGACAGCGGUAUAGAUUCUCCUCGGACCCGUGUCAGCCUGGCCUCCAGCAACACCGUCAUUCUUGAAGGUCUGAAGAGAAGAGGCUUUUUACAGAACCUGGAGAAACUGCAUUCGAAGAGCAGUUCCAUUCGACCACAGAGCUCGCUGCUGCAGCUGACUCCUGUCAUGAACGUAUAGCAGGCCUGAGCUUCAUGCACCUCAUUGUGAAGAGGUCUCGAACCUUGCUGUUGUAUACAACUGUUAGGAAUAUAUCCAAUAUCACAGUUUGAUGCAUAUCUUCACAUACUGAUAGCCAUUACAAAAGAGGUCUGUGUACAGAUGUACAGUAUAUAUUUUGUUUUUGUAAAUAAUUUUAAAGUAAUAUGCCAUGGUGCAUCACCAGCACUAUACAUCAUAUUAAUGUAAAGUUUUCUUUCUCUACAUGCCUCAUUGGUUAACAUGUUCAUACAGUUCUAGUGUUGACUUUUUCAUUUUCUUUUUUUAUCA